AUGGCAAGGUCUAUGGAAAACCAGGAAAUCAAGCGGCCGGCGACGGCUAUCAGACCAGCUGCCCUUGCUGAUGCCACAGCGAUCUCUGAACUUGGAGCGCACGUAUUUACGGUUACGUUUGGUCAUUCGGUUGAGCCGCAUGAGCUGCAAGCAUUUCUCGACGAGUCUUAUAGCCUCAAGGCGACCAUGAAAGAUCUCGAGGAUCCCAAAAAGGACACAAUCCUGGCUACGGAUUCAACGGGCGAUAUCUUGGGCUUCGGCAUGCUCACUCGGGGCACAUCCGAACCGUGCCUGAGCCACCUCGAUGGGCUUGUCGAGCUGCAACGCAUAUACAUGCAUCCCAAAGCACACGGCACGGGAGCCGGCAAGCUCCUAGCGAACAAGUUGGAGGAGAUGGCUAGGGAACAGGGAUUCAAAUACAUUUGGCUGGGUGUCUGGCAAGAGAACCACCGGGCGAAAAAAGCAUAUGAGAAGUGGGGGUACAAGGCAUGCGGCACCCAUGGCUUUGCUGUUGGUCCCGUAGUACAGACUGACGACAUCAUGGUGAAAAAGCUCUGA